CCCGCCCCGCCCGCCCUGGCCGGGAUGACCCAGGGCGGCGAGUCCCGGGCGAGAGUGCUCCCGAAGCCGGCUACUCGGGCGAGUCUCGCCCAGGCCCACAGGUUCCAUGGCGGCGCGGCCGAUGUCCCGGAUGCUGCGGCGGGUCCUGAGGUCCAGUGUCCGGAGCUGCAGCUCAGGGGCUCCCGUGACGCAGCCCCGACCCGGGGAGCCCUCCCAAUCUGCGGCGGAGGAGCUGUCCAGGCGGAGGCAGUUCCUGAGGGAGCACGCAGCCCCCUUCUCCGCCUUCCUCACCGACAGCUUUGGCCGCCACCACAGCUACCUGCGGAUCUCCCUCACCGAGAAGUGCAACCUCCGAUGCCAGUACUGCAUGCCCGAGGAGGGGGUCCCACUGACGCCCAAGGCUGACCUGCUGACCACAGAGGAGAUCCUGACCCUUGCGCGGCUCUUUGUGAAAGAAGGCGUGGACAAGAUCCGGCUGACGGGUGGAGAGCCGCUCAUCCGGCCCGACGUGGUGGACAUCGUGGCCCAGCUCCAUCGGCUGGAGGGGCUGAGGACCAUCGGCGUCACCACCAACGGCAUCAACCUCGCCCGGCUGCUGCCUCAGCUCCAGAAAGCUGGUCUCAGUGCCAUCAACAUCAGCCUGGACACGCUGGUGCCAGCCAAGUUUGAGUUCAUCGUCCGCAGGAAAGGCUUCCACAAGGUCAUGGAGGGCAUCCACAAGGCCAUCGAGCUGGGCUACAGCCCCGUGAAGGUGAACUGCGUGGUGAUGCGCGGCCUGAACGAGGACGAGCUCCUGGACUUUGUGGCCUUGACCGAGGGCCUCCCCUUGGACGUGCGCUUCAUAGAGUACAUGCCCUUUGACGGUAACAAGUGGAACGUCAAGAAGAUGGUCAGCUACAAGGAGAUGCUGGACACCCUCCGGCAGCAGUGGCCGGAGCUGGAGAAGCUGCCCGAGGAGGAAUCCAGCACGGCCAAGACCUUUCGCGUCCCUGGCUUCCGAGGCCAGCUCAGCUUCAUCACGUCCAUGUCUGAGCAUUUCUGUGGGACCUGCAACCGGCUGCGCAUCACAGCGGACGGAAACCUCAAGGUCUGCCUCUUUGGGAACUCAGAGGUCUCCCUACGGGAUCACCUGCGGGCGGGGGCGUCUGAGGAGGAGCUGCUGGGGAUCAUCGGGGCCGCUGUGGGCAGGAAGAAGCGGCAGCACGCAGGCAUGUUCAGUAUCUCCCAGAUGAAGAACCGGCCCAUGAUCCUCAUCGGAUUGUUUUUGAUGCUCCAAGAUUCCCCACCAGCCAUUCCAAGCAUUUCCUCUUGGGACCCACUCGGCGUUCAGGGUCUGAGACACAGAGCGAGUCUCUCCAACCAGGUGGCGACUCUGUGGAAGGGCUGCCGGGGGCCCCAGACCCCUCCCCUCGCCCAGCGGUGGCUGGGGCCUGGCUCCCCCCAGAGACACUACUGUUCCCACCCAGACUCAGACACCAACCCCAAGUGCCUUAGCCCCGGGUCCCGGGCUCCUGCCACCCACUCAGGAUCGCUGCCAACCUCGGACCAGCUAACCCACGUGGACACGGAAGGCCGGGCGGCUAUGGUCGAUGUGGGUGGUAAGCCGGACACAGAGCGGGUGGCCGUGGCCUCCGCCAUGGUCCUCCUGGGGCCGGUGGCCUUCAGACUCGUCCAAGAGAACCGGCUGAAGAAGGGAGAUGCCCUGGUGGUGGCCCAGCUGGCCGGAGUCCAGGCCGCCAAGCUGACCAGCCAGCUGAUCCCUCUGUGCCACCACGUGGCCCUGAGCCACGUCCACGUGCGGCUGGAGCUGGACAGCACACGCCACGCCGUGGUGAUCCAGGCGUCCUGCCGGGCUCGGGGCCCCACCGGGGUGGAGAUGGAGGCCCUGACCUCAGCCGCUGUGGCUGCCCUCACCCUGUACGACAUGUGCAAGGCGGUCAGCAGGGACAUCGUGUUGGGGGACAUCAAGCUCAUCAGCAAGACGGGGGGCCAGCGGGGGGACUUCCACCGGACCUAGAGCUCCUGCCCUCUCCCCACGGCCCAGCCAGGUCCCGAGGGAUGCGCUCGGGCCGAGGGAAGGACGUCUAGUUCCUUUAACCCCGUCAGUGUUGACCUUCAGUGGGAACCCCAGGUCCUGCUAAUGGUGACCUGCGAGGCCUCCUUUAUCCGGAGAGAAACCAGCAGGCCCUUCUGCCUUCCUGGACACGUGACGGGAGGGGUCGCAGCGAGCGAUGCUAGUGACUGAAGUCAGCUGUGUCAUCUGCGGGCCAUUCAGCCAGCCCGUGUCACGGCUCGUUUCGGGUUUUCUCUUCUGCUGCUUCCCUGGGGAGAGAGAAGGGCUCACGAAGCAGAGGAACCCGCUGCGAGGGGAAGAGCACGCCUGCGCGAAGAAGGAACAGGACUUCUCUUCAGCUUCGCCCGCCUGUCCGGGAGCCACAGCCCUGCCCGCCUGCCUGCCGCCCUCCAUCCUCAGAGAGCCCAUCCCUCCAGACUGGCAGGCUUCCGGUUUAACAACACACAGUCCUGCCUGCUCCCCGACCUCCGCCCCCCAAACAGGACCCCCGGGGACUGCGGCCCUGAGGACUCCUGACCAGCCACUCAGGUGGCUCCUGGCCCCGUGCACUGCUGUCCCAGCCCCGCCCCACCCCUUUGUUCCGGAACAUAUCAGGGAAAGAAGAGGGCUGGAGAUUGCCUUCACCCACGGCCCACAAAUAAAGCCUGGAUGCCAA